GUUUUGCCGGCAGCCCCCGGGCAGCAUUCAGAGCUCUAGCCCAGGCGGGCGCGCGGCGGCAGAGGCGGCGGAGCCUGAGCAGGGAUGUAGAGGCGGCGGCACUGGCGGCAGCAGAGGCAGCGGCGGCGGCGAGAGCAGACGCCCGAGCCGAGCUAGAAAAGCAGUUAAGCCUUGAGCUCCGACGCUGGCCCCGCGUCCCAGCCCUGCCCAGCCCGCGUCCAGCCAUGCGCGCCGCCUGCUGAGUCCAGGCGCCGCACGCUGCGCCCUCCGCCCGCCUCGCUGCACUCCACUCCGGGGUGAUUAGUUGCUUUUUGUUGUUUUUUUAAUUUGGCCGCGGGGAGGGGGAGGAGGGGCAGGUGCUGCAGCUCCCCCCCCCUCCCCGCCUCAGGCCAGCGGCAGCGGCGCGACUCGAGCUCCGGACCCCGGAGCCGCGGGAGCGGAGCGCAAGCCGCCCGCGGUGCCCAGAGCAGAGCAGAGCGGAGCGCAGCUUCCAGCCCCGCCCCUCCCCCUCGGCCACAAGGCUGCGGCGGCAGUGACGGCUUGGACGACUCGGAGAGACGAGUGAAGACACUUCCACGUUGACAACUGACCAUGUGCCUACCCUGAGCAAAACCCACCCAGCAUCUCUGUUGAGGACAGCAGGUCCAAGCACUCCUCUGUGGGCCCCCAGCAGUUGGCAGGCUCCCCCAGUGGCGGGGUCUGGGGCUCAGCCCCACCAUGUCAAGCCUCGGCAGCAGCAGUCCCCAGGACGCCGGCGGCAACAACAGUGUUACCACCAAUGGCGGUGGCAGCGGCUCAAAGGCAGGAGUGGCAGACAAGAGUGUGGCUGUGGUCACUGCUGCCCCAGCCUCAGUGGCAGAUGAUGCACCACCCCCUGAACGCCGGAACAAGAGCGGCAUCAUCAGCGAACCCCUCAACAAGAGCCUGCGCCGCUCCCGCCCGCUCUCCCAUUACUCCUCCUUUGGUGGCAGUGGUGGUAGUGGUGGUGGCGGCAGCAUGAUGAGUGGCGAGUCCACUGACAAGGCUGCUGCAGCCGCUGCCUCCCUGUUGGCCAAUGGGCAUGACCUGGCGGCAGCCAUGGCAGUGGACAAAAGCAACCCUACCUCAAAGCACAAAAGUGGUGCUGUGGCCAGUCUGUUGAGCAAGGCGGAGCGGGCCACGGAGCUGGCAGCCGAGGGACAGCUGACGCUGCAGCAGUUUGCGCAGUCCACGGAGAUGCUGAAACGUGUGGUUCAGGAGCACCUACCGCUGAUGAGCGAGGCUGGCGCAGGUCUGCCUGACAUGGAGGCUGUGGCGGGUGCUGAAGCUCUCAAUGGCCAGUCCGACUUCCCCUACCUGGGCGCCUUCCCCAUCAAUCCAGGCCUCUUCAUCAUGACCCCAGCAGGCGUGUUCCUGGCUGAAAGUGCGUUGCACAUGGCUGGCCUGGCUGAGUACCCCAUGCAGGGAGAGCUGGCCUCCGCCAUUAGCUCGGGCAAGAAGAAGCGGAAACGCUGUGGCAUGUGUGCGCCCUGCCGGCGGCGCAUUAACUGCGAGCAGUGCAGCAGUUGUAGGAACCGAAAGACUGGCCAUCAGAUUUGCAAAUUCAGAAAAUGUGAGGAACUCAAAAAGAAGCCUUCCGCUGCUCUGGAGAAGGUGAUGCUUCCGACGGGAGCUGCCUUCCGGUGGUUUCAGUGAUGGCGGCAGGACCCCAAAGCUGCCCUCUCCGUGCAAUGUCACUGCUCGCGUGGUCUCCGGCAAGGGAUUCGGGCGAAGACAAACGGAUGCACCCGUCUUUAGAACCAAAAAUAUUCUCUCACAGAUUUCAUUCCUGUUUUUAUAUAUAUAUUUUUUGUUGUCGUUUUAACAUCUCCACGUCCCUAGUAUAAAAAAAAAAAAA